AUGGCAUGGUCAUUCCUGUAGGUUACUGUAUUCUUAUAUUUUAAGUAUUUAAAUUAUUCAGAAAGCUGAGGUAAAUUUUUUGUAUGCUUUUGCAUUGUCGGACCGUUUCACAAUUUUUAAAAAUACAAAAACGUAAUUAAAGUUACAAUACUUGCUAAUUUGCAAACUCUUACUCUUUGAAGCUUAAAACAAAAAACAUUUUCAAGAGUAUAAGCUGAACACUAUUGUUUCAAUUAGUACUAUAUAACCAUAAAUCGUCCCUUUGAGUAAUUAUAAGUAAUUAAUAUAAUCCCCUUCCAACGCUGUUUUGUAACACUGGGUAUGGAAGAGAUAUUAACAUAGCCGAGAUUAACUCGAUACCUCGAAGCCGGCCUUAAUUUCCUGCCAACCUUUUGACCGGCUUUUGUAGGGACGUAUCGGGAUGACUUUCGGCUACAUCCGUCUGUCUUUUCCGUCACCCAAUUAGAAGCCCAUUUACAAAUUUUGGCAUCAGAAGCGGAAUGUAGGCUCCAGAACGCUUUCAAACACAUGUUUAUUUACCCAACAGUUAAUUUAAGCCAAUUCACAAUUAAUGGCAUCAUUUACUGUUUAGUAUGGCAUGGCAGUUUGCACUUAUAAUCAGCCAGUCGAUAAAUGCAGGAGUGCAGGCGGAACAGAGUCCCACCACCAACGACCGCGACCUUCUACUACUCAUAGCACAGACAGUUCAGCUGGGGCACCCCGGCCUACUGCAAGACAAAUCUACCUCACUACACAACCAUGAACAUCACGUCGCCUCACUCCCUGCCCUAUCUGCCUCAGGCCCCCAGUUGUGUUUGGGGCUUGGCGAUGUUUUCAUCGCUCUGUUUUUGGUAAGUGUUUUUAGGUUUUUGAACUUUUGCAAAUUCGUUGAACUCUUGAAUAUUUACCUUGCACUUUUCGGCAUAAACAUUUAGAAUAUGUUAAACUUUUACAUUUUACAAUCAAAGCUUUUAAAAAAUCUUUUUUGACAUACUGCUUCACUUUUUAAAUUUAAAUUUUUCAGAUAAUAUUAAUAUUAAUGACCAUCUUUGGUAAUAUCCUCGUCGUGCUCUCCGUGUUUCUGUACAAAAGAAUGCGUACCUUCACUAACAUAUUGCUCACUUCAUUAGCUACAGCAGGUAACGGCCAUUUUCAAAUAAAACCUUACGACAAACGUUAACAAGUUGUCAUCAAUAUUUCACCAAAUGUUUGUCAUUAAUCCAAUUACUUUUAGUAAUUUUCAUCGUUUAUCGAAUUACUGCAAAAUAUUUUUCCUUAUUUUCCAAAAAAUUUAAAACUUGAUUUUAGAUCUACUAGUGGGACUAGUAGUGAUGCCAUUAGCUCUAGUCGACCUUUUAUUCGACCACAAUUGGCAGUUCGGUCGAUUCUUGUGUUCGGUGUGGGCUACGACCGACGUGCUAUUAUGCACGGCUUCGAUUUUGAAUCUGUGUGUAAUAUCAUUGGACAGGUACAUGGCCAUCACUUCACCGCUUAAGUACCCUAGAACACGGUAAGCAUGAUUUAUUUCGAUUUUGUUACUUUUGCCAUAUAUUUGUCAACAACGCGAUUUAAAUAUCCCAUAUUACACAUUACCUAACAAAAAAAUAUUAUAGACAGUAAACCUCUAAUAAUUGCUACUUUCAGAAGUCGACUAAUGGCGAUAUUACUCUUAAGUUCAGUCUGGUUCAUAUCAUUGGUAGUGUGUUCUCCUCCAUGGAUUAUUCCUAGCUGGGGAAUCUUCAAUCAACAGACCAUAAACUACAGUAACAAGUUUGUUUGCGGGUACCCGGUCUCAAUUCCGUAUCGAAUCUACAGCGCGUUGUGUAGUUUCUACAUCCCGUUACUGGUAAGUAGCAAAGCAAAAACUAUCCUUUUAGACCAUAGGAGGCUCUUUGGCCCUUUUUUCGUUUGGUUCUUAUAAAUUGACUAGACUUAUAAGCUUAUCUCAAAUCUUACUAAGCGAAACUUUUGUAGAUAAUGCUCUCAGUAUACUUUAAAAUCUUCCGAGUAGCAUCAGAACGAGAAAAACUUAUGCGACAGAACUUGGGAACGUGUAGGUUAAGUAGAAGAAUCGACAAACAUCGACGAAGACAACAACUACUACAAGCCAACAAUCAUAACAGGUACCUUUUUAACUGCUUCACUCUUUUAUCAAUGGUUUCAUCGUACUAACACAAUUAAUAUUAUACAUACGUAAAUUAUGUAUUUCAAUAGGUGGACAUACACCUACGUUUUCCAAGUACUUUCAUCUGUUUAAAAAUUCACUUUUUCCAUUCGGAAAGCCUUUUCGGUACCAUAAUACUGGAAUUUAUGGCAAUGAAAACACCUUGAAAACCCUUUUUUUGAUGUGGCACCUAACUUUUGUUAAUUUGUAGUGUUUGUAAUUGUUUUUUUCCUUCACUAAUUUUGUUUUAAUUUUGAAUUUUACUUUUCCCUAUUAAUAUGCUAACAUGCCAGAUUAUUUAUAUGAUGCUUAGAUUCAGAUGUGCAAGUGCUCCAACUAACAGAGCUCGAGAUCAGUGGCCCGAGGGGGGGGCUCGUCCUCCCCCCCCGGUUUAACCAUUCCCUACAUCUUGAACCAAAGUAAGGCACUUGCAGGAUCUUGUCUUGUGCUGUGGCUUAAUCAAAAGUUAGAAAAGUUUUGGAUUUUUCCGUUUUUUUAUUUUUUGCUUCGGAAACAGGCAUUAAUAAUAAUAUAAUCAAAUUCCGUAAACUACUAGGCAUCCUUUAUGACUUCCUUUAUCGCUACCAUCCUUAUAUUAACCUUAGUUUCAUAACUUUAAGUCCGACACUUUCAACUUUCUAAAAGAUAUUUGAGUUGCACAAAUAACUUCCGCCCUGUCAGAAUGCGUUUGACGUAGCCCAUGUUUUGCUAUCAAAUAUUCUGUAACAUUUCUGAAUUAAUAAUGUUUCGUAUGAUGCCUUAUUUACGGAUGUUUACCCUUUAUAUUGUUUUAUCUUCACGCAUGUUUUAACUCGUAGUUACAUGGAUGUUUUAACCUUCAGUGAUGUCGAAAAGAAACGGCCCACCACACUGCCCACGGUAAUCGACUUGGGCGAGGAGACGGAUUCACAAUCACCCACCUGUCAACGGACAUUGGAAACCACACCCAACAACAACAAUAACACACAGAACAGGGAGAGCAAGUCACUUCUGAAUCUCAACGAAAACACACGAGUACGUAUACAUUUACUUUCUAGAAUCACUUUAAAGCUAUUAGGAGAGCACUAUAAGUUAUAAAAUCGAAGGUUUUAAUUAUUUCAUAAAACAACCUGUAAAAUUAAUUUCAAAAAACAACUGCACUUUAAGUCGUAAGCUAUUCAUGGUACAAAGAAAAUCUAAAAGAACCCGGAAUAGUUUUACAUACUUAACAUUAUUAGCAAUAAUAAAGUGUACAUACUAAAGUAAUUACAAACAAAGUUUAUAUCCAUAACAUAAUUAUACAAUUAACGAAUCCACACAUAAAUUUACAUAAGAAACAAGAAAACGAAAGUUUGAUUAAAAUGACUUAUUUCCAUAAACUUUCAGACCCCGCCCAAAAGGAAGAACACCGAAGUCGCUCUACUUGAGAAUAACUGCCACCAGACCAGCUUGAACAACAAUAACAACAACAGCUCCAACGAUCUCCAACCCUCAAAUCUCGUAGCCAAAGCUCAGAAGCACUACAACACACACGGUCCGGGAAAGGCCAUCAGAGGCUCCAAGGAGAAGAUCGUGUACUUGAGGGAACGAAAAGCUCUCAAAACUAUUGGCAUAGUUGUUUUAGGUAUGAUCUCUAUUUAGCUUCAGAAGUUUAUAUUUUUCCAAACUUUAAAAGUUUCCUAACGAAGAAACGGCUUGCCACAAAGACAUACUGUAUAACAAAGACUUUAAGAAUAACAUAAACAGAUCAAUCACUUCAAAAACAUGAUUCAAUAUAACACAACUUACCGUCGUAAACCACCUUCUUUCAGGAUUCAUAAUUUGUUGGAUGCCAUUCUUCGUAAUAUACUUGGCAGAAGUGUUCAUCCAACGUGUACAUACCACAUAUUCAUUCAAAAUCCUCAGCGAAUUCUUUCUCUGGCUCGGUUAUUCGAAUUCGGUAAGCGUGCCAUGUGUUUCUUCUAGAAAAACAAAGGUUAUCCAAUUGUAAACACCUAAAAAAUGCUUUGUUCUGGCUGUUGCAGAAGAACAUAUUAGUCCGUAUUGAGGUUAAAAUACCAUAUAAUUUUAGUUUUAAAUUUUACGUCUAACAGCUUUCUUAUGUUAGAUUAGACUUUCAAUUACAAGGUACUGUAAAGCCCCAAACUUAAAAAACUAACAAGUUUAAUAUCUUCACAACUAUUACUUUCAGGUACUAAACCCAAUCAUCUACACCAUGUACAACGGCGACUUCCGCCGCUGUUUCCGAGACCUGCUGGGCUUUGGGUGUGUGCAGACUCAUCGGCGGACAAUGUCCGUCAAGAAGCUGCAUCAACAAAGCACUGUCUUCUGA